AUGGAAACAUUUCUGACAUUUCUGCUGAUUUCACUGAUUUUUUUGCCUUUCCACUAUUGCCAAGGUAAGUAUAUUCAGCUUGAAGUUUUUCUUUUUUUUAAAUAAACUUUUGUCUUGGGUUUUCAGUGGUAUUCAGGUUAACAAGCAUUUAGAGUGAAACUAUUAUGAGGAAAUUUCCAAGUUCGAUCAGAUUUCGUUUCAUCAUGGGUAGCGACCUUUCUCAGAUAACUUUUAGGGUGAGAAUGUAUAAAAACCAAAAUUUUGCAUAAGUGCGUGUUGUGUUUUUCUUGUUUUUUUUUUUCUCAGCAUAGAUUAGAAUUCAUUCAAUGAAAACAUCUCCGAAAAUUCCCUAAAAGUUAUUUUUGAGAUUUUUUUGACAGAGUCACUAUAAAAAAGAACUUUCUUCGGAAACGCGUUCAAUUAAUUUCUUGUAGAAAUUUUGAACUUAUGCUAGUCAUUUCCAGUUAAAUGUCUUAUACCGUUGACGUCUUUCCUGCACAAAAUUUAGAGUGUCAAAGAUCACUAUUAUUCGGGUAAAAAAGGGUUGUCUAAAAACCUCGAUAAUCUUUCGAGUACAGGGGUGGACUACGUUCUUUAAAGAAAGAUACGGAUAUUAUUUCUCGCGCUGAGAUCACAAAAGGGAAGAUACUGACGUUCUUCUUCACCCCAAUUUUCAUUAUAUUCUUUGUUGUGUUAUGUCGAUGAAAUCAUCAAAUAUUUAUCACGCCCAUGUUUGAGAAAAAAUUAAAAUUUUAGCAAAUCAAACCUUCCUGAAAAUUGUUCUAUUUUUUCUGAUUAUCAGACGCCAAAAUAGGUUUUAACUUUUGUUUGUGGUACUUCCAGUCGAGUAACGAAGUUUCAUUUAUGGGUUUUUUCUUUUGAAAAGUUAAAUUUCCUCACGACUAUCGCCUAUAAAAAGUUUACAGUUCUGCUUGACGAAUCACUUCUCUUCUUGAAAUUCAAAUAGCCGAGAUGUUACGAUAUUGCUGCAAAGGCUGAACGGCGUCGUUAAAAUGUUUUGGGAUACCUUGCAAGUUCGCAAAUGCAAAUUUUGCGUCAAAUCGGCCUUCACUCGAAUCCAACCGAUGAAUCAAUCCAAUGUAUAAAUCCGCUCUUCUUCUCCUAUAUGAAAGAACUUGAGAAAAGAACCUCGUAUAGUUUAUUCGUUUUUAUAUUCAAUAAAGGGGGUAAGUUUCUAAAGAAACUGUAGUGCUGCGUCGGUGGGAGAGUAUACAACUUAGUACUGAGUUGAAAACGUAAAUUGGCCACCGUAAAGGGUAAAAUAGCUGACGUUUCGAACGUUAGCCCUUCGUCAGAGCGAUUGAGCGAUUUUAUAUUCAAUAAAGUUAACUAAGAAAAUUUUGCGAAUUUAUUGAAAAAUAACAUUUCACCAAUUUUUAGAAGUACGCUAUCGUGAUAAGAAAUGGUUUGAGCGUGACAGACUGACGAGUUUUAACCGUUCACAUAAUGACUAGAGUACGAAGGAGAUAAAACUGAUACUCCAUUGUGGUACAUCAAUCCUUUUAUCCCCAAGAUCUGAUUUUUAAUUCUCCCAUCUAGUUACUAUAUAUUUCCUUGUAAAUUAGUUACGAGAAUUAGAUGUUAGAUCAAGGCAAUGACUUUUACGCGAUAAGUCCGGGUAUUCUCAUUACCUGUUUACUGAAUAACGUAUGGAUAUUAUAGAGAGUAGUCACGUGUUCAUCACCAGUGGAAGGCUUAAUGCGUCAAGGAAGCUGUAAUACAAAAACGUGGUGAAGUAGAAAUAAGGGUAAUAGGACCGAGAGAAGUCCAAUUUGGUCUCAAAAAAUUCGAGUGAUUAACACAAUCGGACGAUUGCGAGGCGGAAGUCCUAUUUGUCAAUAACGAGUAUGAUUACAGACAGAAUUGAAUGGCACGAAAUUCUGUUACCAAUUAACCAUCACCGUUACAAUUCUGAAAAAAACAAAUACAUUUAGGGACAAACAUCUCCGGUAGCGACAAUGUGUAAAGUAAAAAAUUCCUCCACUUUGAAAAUUCCCCUCUUUAUUGUGAUCAAUUCUGUGAUUGGUGGAUUAAGCAGAGUGGACUAGCUAUGAUUGGCUACUUAAACUGUCCGAUUUCUGCCAACUGUCAGAAUUUCCUGUACGCUUACAACUGUACAGAAUGAUCAGCGAAAAAUGAAGCAGCUAAUGCACCAAUUACAUUUGAGGAAAUUGUAAUGGUCAUGAUCAAUGCUGAAAUAGCUGACUAGUCUCCAGUCCUCUCAUCCAUGUAUGGAUCGACUCUUGUAUUAGUUUUUCUCAUUUUGACGGACGGCGAUGGUCUUCAGGCAGCUGUGUCGCGAAAAGACACCACUGCUUCGGCUCUCAAGAUAUCUUUCAGGGAUGAAGGCCAAGGUGCAAAAAACAAUCUGUUAUAAGUUCGGAUAAGUUCAUUCAGUUGCUGCAAGAGAAUUAUUAAUGACGAUAUUUAAAACAGGAAGCUCUCUCACCCGUAGGUGAUCUACAGAGAGGUCCAAUCCAAAAUAACAUUAAAUUGUUAAGAGUAAAUAAAAAUUGCAGAUAUUAAAAAAGUAGAAAAGUAAGCUAUAGAUUAAAAGAUUUUAAAAAAUUAUUCCUAAACUGACAUAUAGUGCCAGAGUUCUUCGAGUCACUGUCCAAGGCAUUCCAGUCUUUAAAGGCAUGAUAACAGGUUCUUUGUUUACCCCAGUUCCGUUUGACUGAUGGAAGUCUAAGAUGAUCUUUGCAACGAGUGUUGUAUCUAUGUACAUUGCUGUUUCUAGAUAAUUCCAAUUUGUGAGAUGUAAUUCCAUUCACGCAUUUAUAAACAUACAAGCAGCGAUGGAAGUGCCUGCGUUGUUUUAAAUUUAACCAGCCGAGCUGAUUGAGAGCAUCGGUUGCAGAAGAGUAUAAUGGUUUAUCUAGAACAUUUAUCUAGAAAUAAAGAAUAUCUCUUGGUUGCUGGUAGCGACAAUUUCUUGUACUGCUCACGAUUAACUCCGAACACUCACCACGACUGGCAACCGUAACUGGCUGUCCUUGAGGUUUUCGGCUGGUUUACCUUGCGAUCUUCGUCUUUGCUUUACCUCUCAGAAUAACACUCUGUGUGUCUUCAUUUUGCUUUCGAAACUGUUGUCUUAGUCAAAUAAACCACUACUAUAAUUUGAAUUUCUUUAGAGAUAUCAGAUAACACUAAAGCCACACCCAGGAAGUUUUUGAGAGGAUAAUUAUAAUUUUCUUUUUCACUUGCAGCGCUAGAGUUUCCAACAAAUCUCAUCUUCGUAACCAUUGACGAAGAGAAACAGCCAGGUUAGAAUUCCAGUUUCCAAACAGUCAUUUCCCAUGUUUUCCCUUCUCGCCAAAGUUCCUUCUUUCCCAAGACAUUUAUUUCUUCCAAUAUUUCCAAUUAAUAUGAUUUACAGUCAUUUUCAUCAAGUUUCUAAUUAGCUCUUUUAAAACAACGACCAAAGGAAUAAUGCGGGUAUGUAGUGAUGUGAUCUGUUUGUUGGUUAUAAAUGAAGGCCAAGUACCCUGAGUAAAAUCUCGUCAUAAGAUGUUUGCAUCGACCGGCAAAUUUUUCAAUGGUUACCUCCAAGCAACCCUUGUUACAUCUUUCAAUUAUCAAAUUCAAAUGCGAUCGAUAUGUCGUAGUUCAACUUUGGUUUUAGCAUGAAUCUUAGUAAGGUUUAAUAAAACCAUUUCAACAAUAAGUAAUUUCAAUGAACAAGUUAAAACAAGUAAAGUGCCUGAAGUGGAGAAAAAUACGAAUCCAGACACUUGUGCUGGACCUUGUUCUGAGAGGAAACACCUCUUGCGAACUGAUGUAUCAGAUGAAAAUGGCCAUCACUGACAUGGAAAUCGUGAGAAGCUUUAUGGUAGAAGCGCACGUUCGUUCGGUUACAUUUAAAUCCAAAUAGUUGAUCUUACCAAAUUCCCUCCCUCCCCCUCUUGCUCAUCAGGACACUCAGUGCCGUAUGUCAAUAACGUACCUUGUUGUUCUUUAAGGUUCAUUUGUGGCUCGUGCAAGUGCUACUCCAGAUCCAGUAAGAUAUGAGCUCAGUAAAGAUGCCGCGGACCUUUUUGCUAUAGACAACACGACAGGCAUAAUAACAAUCGAAAGACGCUUUGAUAGAGAGGUUUGUGGACAACAACGUUUGCUUGGAAGAAUUUGAUGAUAUUAAAGACGAACUGAUUCUGACAUGCCCUUUUUGGGACGGCGGUAGUACGCAGAGAAAAAAGGGAGUAAACAAUUUGUAUAGUUAACAGAGCAUUUUCAUAUUUAUUUUUUAGGCUGAAAGUUACGCAGAGGGGUCAUUCAUGGUGUACGCCUUUGAUGAUGCUGGCAAUAAGGUAAUUAUAAAAAUUCUUAUUAUUAUUUUAACUUGAAGGAAACUUAGUUUAACAUAUGGCCUUCAAGUUAAGAGGAAACAUUGUAGUGAAUUUUCUUUCAAUGUCUCGUUGUCUGCUUCACUUUCGAGAAACUAUAGAUUCUAGGUGAACAUCAGGUUUCUUUGUGACUUCCUUUUAAUUUGAACCUAGAGUUAUACUAAAUAUCUAUAGUUAGUAAUAUCGUUUUCUCGCUCCGUUAUGGAACCUUGUUUUUUUCCCCAUCGGAUCAAUGGCACGCGUGCUUUGCUCUUUGGCCAGAAAUCCGAGUAGAAAAACUUCGAUCCGUAACUUAUAGUACGGGCCUCGAACUCGAUUAGUAAGAGGCAUCAGUUAUAACGUUUGUAUUUCUUUGUUUAUCUUUUUACCCCAAACAGGCCUCAAUCACAGUUUUCUUUUGGAUUCAAGAUAUCAAUGAUAAUUCGCCACGCUUUCUAAGCCAACACUACAAUGUUACUGUUAAAGAGGUAAAUAUUGCAUCGGGGUCCCAAGUUCUUCACAAUAGUACCGUCACUUUGUUAUGAAAUAUGUUAUCUGUCAGAUUGGAGGGUCGCAAGGUGAUUAAUUAUGAAUAAGGUCUCGUAACUGCUACAGGCUGAGGCAGCAUUACCAAGUCAAUACCAUCUCCAUCGAUCCUAAGUCGAUAAUAAACUUAUUCAUUCUUUUUCCACUCCCUCGCUAAUCACUUUAAUAAUUGUUCACCCUUUCCACAACGCACCCAAACUCAUACACACUUAUCGCGUGUAGGUAAUACAGUAAACUGUGACAAACCAAAUGUCCUAAAGCUGCCCUUGAAGGCUGUAUGAUCUCACGAAAUAGCGUUAAAUAGCGUAUUGAAUAAAUUUGAGCAAAGUAGUCUUUUUCAAUUUUGGUAAACAAAUUGAAAAACCAUUGAUUUAGGCCAUUCACUAGACCAUUACUGUAAUUAUAAGCAGAGAUAAGACCGCAUUAAGACCUAAUCAGUUUGCAGGGUUCUUUACCUUACCAUCUUGCGAUAAAAAAAUUAACGAAACAAGAGAUCGUACUACACAGAACUCUGUUACUUGACUGUGUAGCUCUUAAAGUCAAUCUCGAUGUUUGUAGCCUAAGUCGACUUCAAGGAAUAUUUCUAAUCACCUUGGAUGGGAUGUCAAUUCAUUACUUUAAGGCCCUUCCACGGCGUGACUGUUAAAUUUGUGACGAUUGCAGUUUUUAAAGGUUCAAAUGACUUUUCAAACUCUAUCAGAUUGGACCGUGGAUUCGUUCUGUACUCUCAAAACCUUCACAGCUCAAUUCAAACAAUCCGGAACAGGCCGUUAACAUUUUGAGGUUUUCUUAACGUACUGACGUGACCUCGUCUCUAGCAUCCUAGUUUCACUAGAUAGGGCCAUUAAUUUGAACUUAUAAUUUCUGUAAAUUGUUUUCUUAGACAUGUGACGUUGAUCGACAGAUAUUCUCUACAACAGCUUUGGAUGAGGAUUUUGAACAGAAUGCAGAAAUUUUCUACGAAAUAGUAGAUGGAAAUGAGGUUGUAACUGCUACCUAACAUUUCAGUCACUUAGCUCAUUCAAUCAAGUUAUUGCAGGUAAUUUAGUGUUAACCACUGAGUUGAAAACGUAAAUUGGCCACCGUUAAGGGUAAAAAAGCUGACGUUUCGGGCGUUAGUCCUUCGUCAGAGCGAUUGGAGGAAUUGUGGGUUGUGUAUGGGUUUAUGUGCAGAAAGUGGAGCUACGCUUAAGGAAAGGCUGCAAACUGCCAUAUGUUGUUUAGAAUGACUAGGGAAUCAUAUGGUAGUUUGCGGCCUUUCCUUACAUCUAGGCAGUUCGGAAGCCGCAAAACACUAGAACAAAAAUUUAUCUUCCAAAUCGGCACCUUUUAUCCCCACGGAAUCAACGAGCGCUUUUCAUUCAACUAAUUUAUACCUAUUUUCUCGUCAACAUAUUCCCACCAAUAGCGUAGCUCCACUUUCUGCAUAUAAACCCACAUACAAACCACAAUUCCUCCAAUCGCUCUGACGAAGGGCUAACGUUCGAAACGUCAGAUUUUUUACCCUUUACGGUGGCCAAUUUGCGUUUUCAACUCAGUUGUUAACACUAAAUUUGCUGAUGUACUCUCCCACCGACGCAGCGCCACAGUUUCUUUUGAAAAUUCCCCCCUUUAUUCAUCAAUCAAGUUAUUAAUAAGUUUAGGAGCUGUAUUCAACUAGAUAUGCUUAAGAAGAAAGUACUAAUUACGAGUUUCUUACAUUUGAUGUUUUUCAACAGGAUGGAAUAUUUAAGCUAAAGGAUGCUUAUCACUGCAAUGUAAUGUUGGUAAAAGCUCUGGACUUUGAGUUGAGAUCCUCAUACGAGCUCAAUAUCACAGCCUCAAAUGUUAGUUCACCUUGUUAAUAAUCUUAGGUACUCAACAUUCUCAGCCUUGGUGGAUCUGCCUGUCUUUAUUUCAUUUUGUCUGUCUGUCCGUCCGUCUGUCCGUCUGUCUGUCUGUCUAUCCGUGUCUAUGGAUAUUUUUGAGUCUCAUUCCUCAACUAAAAAAAAGAUCUUCCUCUCUCAAAAAUAGUGCUGGUAACACUUAUUUACAGUUUCACUGUAAGUCCUGUGAAAACUCUACAAAAUGUUGUACUUAGAACAAAACUUUUUACAUUUUGUAUGUAGCUAAUAAGCAAUGGAGUCAGAACUUUGAAAUGUAUUUGCAAUAAUCAUAAUGAGACGAUUUGUUAAUCUUUCACGUACUUACGUCGUUUUAAAUUACAGUAUCAGAGCUUCUCAAAUUGGACAAUUCUGUCAAUAACAGUGGGAGAUGAGGACGAUCUACCUGCUAAAUUCUCCUCCUUUGAAUACAGCGCUUUCGUAAGAGAGGACGCCAGUUUGGUAAGGAGGAAAGAUAAGAAGAGGUUAUGGUUGCCCAUUUUGGUGAAACAAAAUGGGUUAUGAAGCGCUAUGAAUUGCCUUGUGAUGAAGUCAUUUCCGAUAUGGAUCACAUGACUUUGACUGCAUACUGCGACUCUUCACCAAUCUCCUGGCGAUGAGGUUUAUCUUUUCAAGCCUAAACUCAAGAAGCAUUUUGUUCCAUUGGUAUUCUCAUGCUUCUGUAUAGCUGUGAUUAUCACUACUCGAUGUUGUGUUCCCUUAGUACUAGUGCUUUGCUGCCGUGUAGCUCUAUUUUUUAAUGUUUUUAAAUCGCGGGCGUCCAUGUCUCUGGGAUCAGUAUAUUUGAAACGCGCCAAUCCAAGUAGCUGAAGCAUUAAGAUUUACCGCCUCAAGGAGAUUCGCAGUAUGCGGUCGAAACGAGGUCAUAAAAAUCUUGAAACUUUAAUCUUGGUUUCCUGAGUCUUCACUGAUAUUAGCCGCAGGGUAGGUCAAAGAAAUCACGAAUUGAAUUGUGGACAAAGCUGCCUGUGCGAUACUGUGGUUAUUUCCAUUAAACUGUAAUGAUUGUGUUUCGAGAUACUUGCAGAUAUUGGCCGUGACAAAACUACUGUCAAAUCAGAGGAUUGAUAAAUUAUUCAUACCAGAUCAUAUGUUUAUUCGUUUGUGCAACUUGAGUCCAAUUGUGGAUGUUGUUCGUUUACAAAUAAGUUUUUUUUCACUAGGGAACGUCCAUCAUUCAAGUUACUGCAGCUGAUCAGGACAAACUAAAUGACCCAGUGACAUAUAAGAUAGUUGAGUGUAAGUACCACACUAGGAAAACAAGAAGAGGAAAGAAAAAACAUAACGAAAUAACUACAAACGGUUUUCUUGGGGAAAGCCCUUGUAAAACAACAACGAUGUGUAUGGAAUAGUUAAAAUGGUGCGGAACUUUUAACUUUUAGACGCAUUAAGGGCGAGAAUAUAUAUAUUGGGUCAUUUAAAGAUUUUAACUGAAAGAUUGUAAGAUACGAGUUAGUCGAUAAAAAGGCAGAUGAUCCCAUGUUGUGACGAUUCCUGCAUAGAGCCUCUCCUCAGUCCACAGCCUAAAGCAUAAGUUGAAGGCAAUAACUCUCAAGGUAACUUAGCCGCAUUCAAAUGUUCUUUAUGCAAGAUGUAAGACGUAAAUUCUAUGAUACGGAUAAAAGAUGACUUCGUUUCACAACGUCUUUAGUGACCGGAGAUCACGGCAUCCUUCCUGUGUAUUAGAUAUUAGUGAUGGUGACCAUAAACAUUUAUUUUCAUUUGCUUUUUUACCUCAAUCGUUUUUUCAGCUACCAAUAAUGACAGUCUAUUUGACAUCAAUGUCUCCACUGGUGUUAUCGCCUUGAAUGGAACACUGGACAGGGAAGAUGUUUCUGAAUACAAGCUGAGAGUGUUGGUAAGGCAAAUACAGUUGGUCGUUGCAACCAAACGUUGGUUGCCUAUCACUAAUUAUUCAAAUUAACCGGCGAAAUAGAAACCCGCGUAGAAUUAAUCUUGCAUACGCCUCAAAGUUGCACAUUUGCCUUUCUUACAUUCAUCUUUCCUUUUUUCAAAUUCUCUGUUUAGUUAUCGAUAUUCAUUGUGGUCUGGUUACAAUAAGCAACAUUUCGAUUCAUGCACUCGUUACUACCCAGAUAUCACGUAAAGACUACUGGUGAAUGUUUUUUUGUCGUAAAUAAAGAUAUUUUUGUCCAAAAAGGACGAACAGUGACUUGUGUUGGAAAGUAUAUCAAUGCACGUGAAGCAGUCACUCUUAGAGACGAUUGACAGUACAUAAAAAAGAACAAAAGUUUCAACAAUGUUGUUGGUGUUUUUCAUGUCACUGCCUUCCGCUUUCAUUUCGUCCAUUCAAUGUUUACAAGCAAUCCUUUGGAAAAUCAUGAAAACGUCUCUCCGAUUUUUAAAGACCUAAACUGAGCACAAGUUACUCAUUGAUUUGAUAGCAGAAACGAUCGAUUGAAACUUUGAAUUUUCUUUUGCAAUCUUCAGGCUUAUUCUACACAUCAUCUCCCCGAUCAUGCCACAAUUAAUAUCCAGAUUAGUGACGCAAAUGACAACCCACCGACCUUUUCAGCCAAGUAUUAUUCAUUUUCAAUUAAAGAGAAUGCAGGAAUUGGCGCCAUUGUUGGAGAAGUGAAAGCAAGUGAUGUAGACCAAGUUAGUAGUAGUAGUUUUGUUAUGUUCUGUGUUUCGGAAAAAACAUCUUUGUAAAAGAACUGUUGCCAUAAAUUUCAUGAAAAAAGUCAAACUUGCCCACCCUCUAUUUACCAAACCGUUUUAAAAAUGUUCUGAUGCAGUUUUAAGAAGUCAUUAACUAAAAAUUUCUGUAUCACAGGCAAAAAAAAUUCAUCUCAGCCCUUACCAUAUAUUUUUUUUGGGUUGAUAUCAUUCUUCCUUUGAAAAAGGGGAGCACAUUUAUGUUAUCAUAACUGUAAGAACAAAAGCAGAAGAUGGGGUAUUUUAUGUGGUGCAAGCUUUGGCACACCCUUACUCCCAUAGUGUUUCCCUCUAUAUUCACGAAAAUAAGCGGAUAAAAGCGACUUAUGCGAGGAAAAAGCAAAAAAUUAGGAUUGCCGCAACAGAAGCUUUGUAAGCAAGUCAGACGAUGCGGAGGAUUGUCGGAGGUAGAUGCUAUGGAUGAAGAAUUAGCUGCCCUCUUCGAAUAUUGAUAAUAUCGAGUAUUCUCCUUUUUUUUCGGUAGGGAAUCAACAACGUGUUUAACUACGUUUUACCGGAUGGUGGAGAACCUUUUGCCUUCUUUGAAAAUACUGGUGUCCUUGUUGUGAAUGGGUCGUUAAACCGUGAAAAGCAAGACCGCUACAGCUUCUUGGUAAAAAGAGAGGCAUUUGCCAAGAUUUCACAUUGUUUUAGCUGAUAGCUCUUGUUAGAUCGAAAGCGUUUAAACGAUUUUCAUCAGCUGUGUGCAGUCGACGUGAGAGUAACCAAGAAAAAUCAGCAAAGUUCUUAGUUGUAAUUUCGUUUUUGUGUGUCAAAAUUGAGAUGUGAUGCACAGGUGUACCAGCCUAGGCUGAGUGUGAAGAUUAAUUAAAGAAAAAGAGAACACUGUCAAAUCAUGUCUAAAAGGUUUUAAAUACAAGCAACGAGUAAUGGCGGAAAAAUGUGGUAACAUAAUGAUGUCCUACAUUACUUGUUUAUGACUAUGUUUGAUAUUAUACUGAGAUCUAACUGCAAUUUUCUGAGGGCGAAAGCAUCUUAGAGUUUUGGCCUCUCUUUGGGCGCUAAUUGUAAUUGUUAACACAAAGUAAUUUAUCUUUGCAUAGAUCAUAGAUCUAAAUCAUGCAGAGUGCAACACAAUUACUCUCCAUUUUCCUACGUUUGAGCUCACUCUCUGUCAUUUUUACCACCAGGUAUUCGUCAAAGAAUUUCAAACUGUGGAAAAAUAUACCAACAACGCCACGGUGAUUGUUACAGUGGAAGAUAGAAAUGACAACAGUCCCCGCUUCGUGAGACCGUUCUACGAAAUUACAGUCCAAGAGGAGCUCCCCAGUGGAACAAAUGUCCUACAGGUAUUAACAAAUUAGUUCAUUUAGUAAAUCUGGCAGAAAAGGAGACCUUAUCAGGGCGCACAACUAGUCACUGCUAGAUUUAAUUAAUAUUCAUGACAAAAUUUCACCUUUAGAGGAGCAAACCGCGUUGCAACAUUUCGAAAAAAUUUUUGCUUUGUGUAUUAAUGACCAAAAUUAUUGAUUCGGCCAACAUAGAAAAACACUAAAAAAGAACCACAAAGGAGAGUGGCAAAGGAUGUAAAAUUCAAAAUUAGAGCGGAUCAUAAAUAAAGAACUUGAAAAGUUUCAUCUAUAAAUUUUUCAACUCUUAUUCUUUUAACUAAAGUUGAAAUUUCAAGUAACAAAGAAACAGCAAAAAUAGUUAUGAAUGGGUAAGGCGAAAUAAAUUUAAACAGGUUGUAUUUGGAUUUACAUCUAGCCAAUCUCGAGUAACGUGGAAAGUUUUUUCCCAGAUUGUUGUAUUAUUGUUAUUGAUAAGUAAUUAUGACGACGACAUGCAUAUUUCUAUUUUCACGUUUCAUCCUCCAGGUUCUGGCUAAUGACACUGACGUGUCGCUCAAUGCUAUUAUCAUCUACAGUCUCGUUCAAGAUCCCAGAGAUCAUUUUCUAGAUUUUUUCAUUGAUCCUAUCAAUGGAUCAAUACGAACCGCAAAGACACUUGAUCGAGAGAACAUCAGUAUUUACUACCUGACAGUAAUGGCGGAAAACAGCGCCCUGAACACACAGACAAGGUUUGUGAGAUAUGUGAAAACCCAGGGAGUAGGGUUAGGGUCAACUCCACAAAAACUCUAUUGAUAUUGAAUGCACUGAAGGAUAUGGUCUUUGAGCCGUUUUAACUAAUUUUUUCAACUUUGAUAAGUGAUGGAGAAAGGAUUGUAAUUCUAUUAUAUUAACCUUGAGAAUUUGAGGAUGAAUAGUGUUAAUUCUUAACUUCGGCACCGACACUAAUCUUGGUUGGGCUACAAAAAACUUAGCGACGCAAUCCAACAUUAAUGAUGAAUAAUACUGUUAUUGUUUGUUAGCAAGAGAUUUCCGCAAUACAUUCGUUUAGCGUUUUAACUUUGAUUUCCUUACUAAGGGAGGUGCGUCCUUUACAUUACGAUUACAGGUCGAGCACGGUAUCAGUAAAAAUCAUUGUUGAAGACAUCAAUGAUAACUUUCCAUUAUUUGGCCAGCCCUUCUACACCGUCACUAUCACAGAGGCUGCUGUAGUGAACACAACCCUCUUGAAAGUUCAGGUCAGAAGAUAAUUUGUUGUUUAUCAAGCAGGAACAUUUUCCGACUAUCUAUUCAAACUACCCAACGUUAUUGGACUUGAAACAUGACGGAAAACUACAAAAUAUCAAUUUGAGACCUAUAAAGAUAAAAAAGCACCGAAAUAGGAAGAAAAAGUUAAUAAACACUAGAUUAUUUAGUUUUAUCAACUGAGUUCAUAAGGUAAAUUAGCCACUAUGAAGAGAUUCUAAAUCUGACAUUUCGAGCUUUACAAGCUCUUUACGGUGGCCAAUGUACUUUAUCAAGUCAGAUGAUGAAACCAAAUUAUCUUGUUAUACUGCCCCACCGACGCAGCACCAUGUGGCAGCACCAUGCCACGAUUCCUUUAGAAACUUACCUUCUUUAUAAAUAACGCUAUUUUGACAAAUCACUGGAAACAAAGAGGUCAGAGAUACAUACACUGCACUGUGCAUGUCACUGGCCGGGUAGGAGGUCCGUUUAAUGCAAAACUACAUUUGACCCAGAUACUGUGCAUAUAAAGGUCACAGUUUUUCAAUAAACGCACCAACCUGCGCCGGUAAUUUUCUUGCGUUAAAACAACAAAAAAUUAACAUAGAAACAGAAACUGAAAGAGAAAAAUCAAAACCUUGCAAAGGUGUUACCGUGACUGUAGGAAAAGGAAGGAAAAUCCAGAUUGAGAUAAGAAACUAUAGCGAUUCGUUACCACAAUGAUCGAGAUUUGUUUUUCGGUACCGAUUGUAGGAUACAUGCCCUUUUCGAAAUGAAGAAAAAAAAAAGUAAUAGUUAAACGAUUUCUGUGAUAGAGUUCGUUUUUCAAAACAUCCAUCCACUAUAGGCCACGGACAAAGAUUUUGGUGAAAAUGCAGUGAUAGAGUAUCUCCUGAUGGAAGGGAAUUUAGGAAGUGUCUUCAGUAUUGAGCAAGAAAGGUAUGAAGUUUAGCUUAGCUAACCUCAAAUAUAGUUCAAAAUUGAAAGGAAAGCACUAAAUCUUCUGAAUUAGUUAACUUUCUCUCUCACGGAGUUGCAAUCGUAAUGUUUCUCGAAGAGAUCAAUCUAUUCCCCUAAAACAAAACCCUGGUGGUCGAAUGGUCAACACGUGGAAACAGGUCAAACCUUAGGGUCAUCACACCAGGGCCCUUGUGUUAUUUUAUUGGGUACUCUACUUGUCUCUUUCCAUUUUUGGUGACAAGUCGUUUUCUCCAGUACCAAUUUCUCCACCCAAUCCUAAAUAUUGACAAGCAAGGUAUAACUGAAACUUGCCGUUCAGAUUUAGUAUUAUCAACUAAGUUGGUAACGUAAAUUGGCCACCGUAAAGAGUUUCAAAGCAGACGUUGCGAGCUUUAGCCCUUGGUUAGAGCUAAAGACGAAGUUAGCCCGCCUUCGCUCUGACGAAGGGCUAACGCUCGAAAUGUCAGCUUUGAAACUCUCUACGGUGGCCAAUUUACGUUAUCAACUCAGUUGAUAAAACUAAAUUACCCUGUUAUACUCUCCCACCGACGCAGCACCACAGUUUCUUUAGCGGCUUACCCCCUUUGUUCAUUUGCCUUUAAGAUUGUUUCAAUUUCAAGUUUUCAUCAAUUCUGUCUCAUCUUAGCGGUUCUAUAAGUGUUGCUAGAGAACUUGAUAGAGAAGAAGUCGAAGUCUACCAUCUGAUUGUACAAGCAAAUGAUGGAGGGAAUAAGGUAGGCGCUGUUAUCUUCCCGUUAACUCUUAGCUUUAUUCAGACUGUAAUUAUCAACACUAACUCAAAACUAAUUGCAUCUUAGAGCACCACUGUUAAUGUCACGGUUUUGGUGGGUGACGUAAAUGAUAACUCGCCCCAAUUCACAUCAGUGGAGGGCUAUCACUUUUCUGUAAUGGAGGAGACCUCUGGAUUGAUUGUGGGUACUGUUAAGGUAAAGUAACUGCCCUUGAUUGACAAAUCAAUGCACCGAUAUUUAUUACUAUUACACGAGACUUAAAACUAGAAAUACAAUGGCACCAGUAACAUACUGGCGAUUUUAGUCACCUUCCUGCGAAUAAUGUUUAACGGGAAAAGAUUCUUCCGUCAGUUUCAAACAUCUUUAAUCCCAACUGUUAUUAUUUUCUGUAGGCAAACGACAGCGACAUCGGAAAAAAUGCUCAAACAAUCUAUUCAUUGAUGAAUACACCAUCGUCCAAAAGGUAUGCUUGAUUGCUGUCACGCAAAAAUGAUUAUUAUCGAACGUUUAUGCCAUUUUAUCUUUCUAAAGUAAAUACAGCACUUUUGAAAUCGAUGUAUACAAGAUGUAUAUGAGAAGAAGUGAGCAACCAUGAUCCCUAUUCAAAAUCCAGUCUGAAUUAUUAGUUUCAGGAUAAACUCUUCAACAGGAGAAAUUUUCACAACUAAAGCACUGGAUUAUGAAGCCUCUCGUUUUUACAUAUUGGUUGUGCAAGCUGAGGAUCAAGGGCUUCCGCAGUCGCGAAGGACAGCUGUGGAUGUGUCAAUCAAUGUCAUUGAUGUCAACGACAAUGCGCCAAAAUUCUUCAAUAUGCAACCUGAUGUGAAAGAACUUGAAAAUCUUCUGGCUUGCGUCGCGUACAAUGCAACGGUAUGUGUUCUUUUCUCCCUCUUUUCUUUCUUUUACGCGUUAUUUCCUUCGAAGGUUGGCUCUCAAAGCGCAAGAUUUCCUUAGUUUGAAUGUCUUGAAAGAAUUCUAUCAAAACAUCUGGAUAAGAAGCUGUUGCGUUAAUUACCUCUACAGCUACUUAUAUAUUAGACACGGAAAGAGUGUUCGUUAAGAUUUUCUGCUCUUGGGUACCAUCUAUUCAACAAACAGUGAGUUUUACUGAAGAUAUUUCGGGAGCUUCCACAACAGUUAGAUUCGGCAGAAAGCCGAUGAUGCACUUCGGCUUGAAUUAAUUGACAAAUGGUAUCUCACCUUAAGUCAUUCCCUCGACUUGAAUGCCAGGCAAGGUUCUCUUUGAAGCCUUCAAGUCUCCACUAUUCUUUUUUAGAAUCCCAUCCAUAUUGGUCCACCAAAUUAAUUUUUAAUUAUGUUUGAAAAUUAUAGUAUAUUCCAUUUUAAACUUAAAAGUCUUACCUAAAAUUUCACUCAGGCUAGCUACUUUGACACUUCAACGGAGUGAUUUACUUUAUUUACCUCUUUGAUUGUAUCAAAUGAAUCGGAUGUUUGUUUGUGUGCCGUAUAUGACUUGCUUGGUGGAAAAACUCUGUGGAGAGUUCUAUUUUUGUUUGUUUGUUUGUUUGUUGGUUUUUUAAAGUCGACUUUGUUUUAAGUUGAAUGUUGUCGCCUUUUUGCUCUUAAUAGGAACUCACUGUUUUCCGAGUACAAGAUUUGACUCCUGCCAACACUGAGAUUGGUAGAGUGGCAGCCUUUGACAAGGACGAAAGUGUCAACUCUGUGAUAUUUUAUCAUAUCGAAGGUAAAAAUUCUUGAUAAUUGAGAUGCCUUUCAAUGAGAUUUGACGCAAAAUGACUUUUUUAAAAACUCUGCUCGCCUGUCAUUUUUCAUUCUUAGCAGAUACACUAAAUUAUUUUAACACUGAUUUUUUUGUUUCAGGCAAUGGAUCAAAAUUCUUUUCUAUUGAAAAUCGCACUGGGAUCAUAACUACAAAUCAACAGCUGGUAAGUGUUGGUGUAGCUUCAUACGCAGUUGUUAGGCACGUCACGUCGCGCAAUUAUUCCCUCACAACCAAAAAAAAACUGUUGUGUGGCGUGACGAGCCUGCGUUGGAGGCUGACAGCCCAGGGGAAUAAAAUGCUGGUGGCUUUAUUCGUAAAAGAAUGUAUUAAUCACUCAGACAAGAAUCUUGGUUACUACAAUCUCUCAGAAUCAGCGUUGCAUGAAAUUAACCAAAAUAAUUAAUAUUGAUGGACGCUUCCCUCCCGUCUCCUCCUCAACAUAAAUUCACCAUCCUCGAUUCCAAGAUUCAAAUUUCGUGGAAUUUAGCUCAAUCUGACGUCCUAAGGAUUAGUAAUUGAUAAUCCUCGGAGGGGGGGGGAGGGGUGUCGUAAUACAUUUCUUGGGAGGGGGGGCUACAUGGUUUUCAGGGGCAACCUAGAUGGUAACAGACGUCGCUAGCGGAGUACAGAGGGCUAUGAGAAAGGCUCCUGGGGGGAAUCAUUAGAAUAGCACAUCAACACAUAAUAAUACAUUAGAGUAACACAUCAGAAAAACAGACGUCGCUAACGGAGUACAGAGGGAGGCUAUAAGAAAGGCUCCUGGUGGGGAUCAUUAGAAUAGCACAUCAACACAUAAUAAUACAUUAUAGUAAGACAUCAGAAUAAUAGACGUCGCUAACGGACUACCGAGGGGACUAUAAGAAAGGCUCCUGGUGGGGUUCAUUAGAAUAACAAAGAGCCUUGAGGGAGAGGGAGGCGGGGGCUUAUGUAAAUUUAUUGUGACACAACCGAAAUCUUCCUACAGGGGAUAAUUCAGGAUCUACAGAAAGGGCUCUCAAACCAGUUCUUUGAUGUUCUAUCGAUCGCAAGAGUCGCACAUGUACACAGAUAAUGAGUACCAAUCCACCGUGACCCUACUAAAUUUCUUUAGUGGUCAGCAGUUAAUGUAAUGAGAAAAGACGAUAGGCAAAUAAUAGGGUUUACUUGACUCUAAACCUCUUUACUUCUCACAGAAACGAGUUGAAAAGGAAAUCUACAGCUUGACUGUAAUCGCUGAGAACUCCUUAGCGUCUCCCAAGUUGUGGUCAACUCUGGAAGUUCAAGUGAUUAUAUAUGGCUUGAGUAGUAGAUCACCACAGUUCACCGCUAGUGAAUAUCAUGCGGAGAUAUCAGAGGCUGCCACUGUCGGAACACCUGUGAUUAAAAUUAAUAUUACAAAUAACAUACAGGUAUUUAUACGAAUGAGUGCAUAAUGUUAAAAGGGAAACUGGCUGAAAGUUUGUGGAGCCGAGCCAUUCAUAGGCAGAACGGGCUCUGGAGCGGGAAAGUAUACGAGAAAAUAAAAGAACCAAAAGCCAAUCAGAGAACGAAAUUAGAAUGUUCGAACGAGGGAUUGAGUGGAAGAACUGAUUAGGGAAUUAACGAUAAAGCUGCGAGAAAAUAAAGAGCGAAAGAGUUGUAGACUAACUGAGAAACAAGCGAAUGGGUGAGCGAAUGCCUAAACGGAUGAUCAGCGACCGGAAGUUCAAAUGAAGCAAAGAAACGACAAGCAAAAGAAUGCAGCUGAUCUAAAGAAGGAACGGGAAAACAAAAGAAUAAGAUGUGAAUCAGCCUAAAUAAAUGAAAGAAGGAUAUAACGGGACUAAGAAGUGUGACUUUUUUUAACAAAAGGAUUAUUGUAUUCACUCGUAUAGUAUUCAUUAUAUGUGCUUGCUUUACCAGGCUACCUAUAUUGUGUUCAGAGUGUUGCAUGACCAAAGCAGCGCGGGCUCAAGAAAAUUUACGAUAGAGCCUGAGACAGGACUCAUCACCACUCAGGGAGAACUGGAUCGAGAAAUAACCGCUAACUACUCUGUGAGUGCUCAAAAGGCCAAAAGCUAAAACCUUUUUUAUUGUCGUUAUUUAAUUCUCUUCUUUUGAGGCGGUUUGUGUGAUUAAAACUGGAAAACUCCUUCUCAUGGAUAAAAUCGGAUUCAUUUACCCUCGGCAGUGUCUAUAGAACAAUAGCUAAAGGAGACCGACGUAAUUAAUUAAAAAAAGCACUUCAAAUGAAAAGUUAAGACCCUACUUCAUGGGUGGAGAUGACUAUAUAAAAUCUUGGUCGAGGACUCAAGCCCGCGACCUCAGGCAUGCGAGUCCAGCGCUCUUACCCCUCAUUUGGCCACACUGACUUCUAAUACAACAUCUUACCCUUUCUAAAAAAAAAAAAAAUUUUAUAACAGACAUUUGUAACAUACGUUGCAGCUGAUCAUUGAGGCAAAACUGUUAAACUCAGAUCCUGCACUUCAAGAGGUGUCAAGUGUGGUGCUUGUAUUCAUAAACAUCAGUGACGAGGAUGAUAAUAACCCGCGCUUCCUCCAGCGGUCCUACCGGUAAGCUUUUAUUUUUACUGUAGUUUUGAUAAACUCAUGCAUAUGAGAAAUUUCUCUUUAAUUUACUUUCUAUAAAUAUUAAAACGAUUUACCGGUCAAACGUGUAGGUUCUUGUCCAGUGAGCUUUCUAGAGUCGGUGACUUUAUAGGACAAGUAAAAGCCGUGGACAUUGACAGAGAUCAUCAAUCAGAUGUGUUUUAUGAAAUUACCAGCGGCAACGAGAAAGGUGCGCCGAAAACCUCGUGUUUUCUUUUUAUAUUUUGUAAGCUUAAGCUAUCGUUUUACAACCGCUUUCGUUGUACUUCUCAUUAAUAGCAGGUUUUGUUCCUUUUUGCUUAUUUGUACCAGGUCUUUUCAACAUCAGUGAAUAUCACGGGACAAUAUAUGUAAAGCAGAGGUUGGGAAAUGAAGCGGCCUCAUCCGUCCAAUUGCUAAUACGAGCACUUAAUUCACCCGCAGGACUGGGUAACAGGAAAAGAAGAGGUGACAAAAUCAAUUAAACACACCUCCUGACUUUAACGUUGUCUUUUCUUGGGCUAGCCUGCCGUGCUGGCGGUCUGCGGUUUUGAGGGCGGAGAGAAAAAUGAAAGACCUUUCAUUUUUCUCUCCGCCCCCAGACAGCAACGCAGACCGCCAGCAACGCAGGUUAUAUUUGGGCUGGUUUUUCGUGGUCACUUUCGUGCGGUAUGUUUCUCUGCCCUUUCCAUCUGAUUUAGGCAACUAUGUUUAGAUAACCUUUGUCUUAUACCAUAGAGGACACAUACUACAGCAAGUAAAAUUUGAAAACAAAUACUAGAUACCUGAAAUGUGUUCGUUUGUUUGUCCCUUUCUUUCUUUUUGUUGUUGUUAUUCUUGUUGAUAAAUGCCAUGAAAUGUCAAAGAAGACAAGAGAGACGUCAAACGUUCUUAUGAAGGCGGAGGCAAAAUAGGGCUUGGGUUGCUAUUCCAGUUAUUCUCAGUUUCUAGGGGAUGGUUGUCGGUUCUAGCAUACAAAAGAAUAUACGUUUGAUCCUAGAGAUAUAUAACUGCUCAGAUGCCAACGAGUUUCAGUGAGAGUCUUGAUUUAAGUAAAUUAUUUGAUUUCAAACUAGAUUACCUCAGUCUUUGGCUCAUCGUGAUCAAGUACUGCGCGAGAAGAUGGCGAGAAGCUCGCAAGAAGUUACGCUAGACACAAUGACGCGCGACUUAUACACCACGGACAACUUUCAGCACCCUAACCGAAGCAAAAAUAGAGCACAUAUCUCGCUGUUUUUGCCAAUUGAUUUAAAAUGAGUUUUUUCAUGCAACUCGCUUAGGUUGCUAGUCAUUUUAACGUCUUUCGUAAAGCCUCGUGUAUCAUGAUCAAUUUUUAUCUCACAACUUUCAUUUCCAUUUCAGAUGGGAAGGUAGCUUUCGAUGAGGUGUCAGCCACAAUUGAGAUUCAAGAUGAGAACAACAACCCUCCUGUGUUCAUUCAAUCGCAAUUUAUUGGAGGCACGCAAAAUUAUUUGUAGAGUUAAAUAUAGAAUAAUUAUUCAUACUGGCAGACCCUGACAGUAUAGAUAUUGCUAUAGUGAGUGUUCGUAUCUCCCUCUUCUAAAGAAGUGUUCGAUUAAAGAUCUCGUUUUUGAAUUCAUCAAUUAGGUAAAGGGACUUACCAUAUUGAGUGCGUAGUCACUGAGUCGAACCGAUCAUCAAAAGAAUUAAAAAAUCCAGCCCAAUGAUUAGAUCUGUAACUUGGUUAUUUUAGUUAAGUAUCAACGUUAUGCUUAAAAGUCCGUACUCAAGCCAAGUGACCUCCACUCCCUCCCCCCCAAGCUUCUCCCGGUUUCCCUAACAUGAAGAGACUAAGCUUAUGAUUGUUCCCCCCGAGAUGGGAUGCUAGUUCAUCGCAAGGUUAUCAUUCAGCAUUUUAUCAGGCUUUCCCAACAGUUAGCCGGUAUCUAUUUAUCUUCCUGGGUGGAAAGGCAUGUGAGAGUAAUGUGCUGUUACCAGGGACUCAUCACAUGGACCCGAUGUCCAGUGCACUGACCCCAAGACUACAAUGUUAUGCUUAUGAUGCUCCCUGCCUUAUGGUACAUUGUUUCAGGUUUUUAUGAAGGUGAGGCCGCAAGGAACACAGUGGUGGCAGCCAUCCAGGUAAACUAUGUAAUCGAUUCGUUUUUCGCUGGUUUGCUUGACUUCAAAAUGUGGGACUUACGUUUUGAAAUUUCGAGAAUUAGAAUUACGUGAGGUCCAUGAUUGUUUUCCUUUGAUGCAAACCUGUGCGUUCUUUCACAGGCAUCAGACAAAGAUUCCGGCGCUUAUGGCUCUGUUUGGUACUCCAUCGUACAUGAGGGGACACCUGGAUUGUUCUCUUUGGACAAUACUACUGGUGACGUAACACUUUCCAAUCUCUCAGACCACGUCACUGGGAAAUCAGUGUUUGCUCUGACAGUUUCUGCCGUGGACAACCAAGGAAAAGUACCGAGUAACAGGGCGAAUCAAAGUGCAUCUGUUCUGGUAAGUUUGUGAGUGUUGGACGGAUGUUGCGUUCUCUGCAUUUCAAAUAGAUAACAAUACGUCACCUUAUGUCACCUUAUAGUCACUACGUAUGGGUAACAUCAUGAUUUGGAGUGCAAUUUGAAGUUAAUAAGCACGAGCAAAUUUUUCAAAGACAACAAAAUUGCAAUUUGUUGUCUUUGAAGAAUUUGCAAGUGCUUAUUACAUCAAAUUGCAAGAGAAAUUAUGUCAUUACUUGUUAACAAUGUACAUGAAAAAACAUCACGGAAAGUCAAGAUAGACGAAAUGAAAGAAUGCGUGCACUAUAUGUAAUUUGCACUCGUGUUGCAACUUUGCACUUGUGUAAAACUUUGCUCUCGUGUUACAUGAGAAUGCACUCGUUUUCGGCCAAUAAGAAGCGCGUAAUUUUUUCAUGUACAAUAUUAAACUUGUUAACCAUUUUUUCAUUCAGAUUUUCGUCCUCUCUGAUCCUAAGAAGCUGUCACUUGAGCUUGGAGUUCCUCCUGUUUUUGUCCGAGAAAAGAGAAGCGAGAUUGAAAGGUUCGUUGUUUUGUUCUCUAGCUCCCUAAUCAACGCUGAUUUAUUGGGAGACUUAUUCCUCUAAGCUUUGCAAUUUUCCAUCAUACAGAUCUGGAAUUAAUCACACAGUUGUUUCGCUGCUAAAUAAAGGCCAACUUCACGGAUUAAGCCAUUUCUAUUGCUUGUGCAAAUAUGCUCUAUUCUGAGGCAAUAGUUUGAAAGUCGCUUUUCUCCUUUGUUUAUCUCUAGUAUGCUGCGCAAUCUCACUGGAGGAACCGUGAUGAUAAAAGACAUACGAGAGACCGAGGAUGAAAGGUGAGUGGUCAUGAAGACAGGCCAAGAGCCACAAGGCAUCAGAAAUGUAAUAGUUAUAACAGGAGCCAAGGUAAUGGGUUCCUGGUUAUAACUGAUAACAUUUCUGGCAAUAAAUAGUAACACUAAGGUCCUGAAAUGAAAGUCCAGGUUGAUCAUGAUCCAAAUGAUUAUGAACAAAGAUAUGUGAAAAGUUAAGAAACUUAUAUCUCAUCAAGUUAACAAUUUCUUGCACGGAUCUGUAUAUAUCUAAUUUUGAAAUGCGUUUAAAAAUUGGAUUUUAAAAUGUUACUCCUCCAGAUUACGCUUCGCUGCUAAUGUUAUAGAUCUAUAAUUUUUUCGUUACUGUUAGUAAAUGUCUCAAGAACAAUAGGCAUUCUGCGCGAUGAAACAGCUAUCAUGGCUAGAAACUCUGGAUUUUGAUGUUAGGAAUUCCAGACAGGGUAUGCAAACUUAAAAUGUUCGUACAUCGUGCAUGAAGUUAAAAAGUUUAUUUUAAUAGAUGUUGAUGAGGUAAGGUAAAUUUUAAUAAAAACUCUAUUGUUAACAGUUUCUCUUGUUUUCAUUAUUUCCAGCACACUAAUCUAUUUCCAUGCUGUUGACAACAAUACCUUAUCUUUGUUGACUCGGGAUGAGUUUAUGAGGUAAAGCAACUGGAGAAAACGAUCAUAACGGAUAUAAAGAGGUCUCCUACCUAUUCGUCACCUAUCUUUCUUUCAUUCUGUCGAAGAACUAAUGCUCGAAAAGUCAGCUUCUGAAACUCUCUUACGGUAGCAAAUUUCCAUCAUCAACUCGGUUGAUGAAACGAAAUUAUAUUGUAAUACCCUCCACCGACGCAGCACUACAGUUCCUUGAGAAAAUUAUCCGCUUUAUUUUUCUUUUUGUCAAAAACAGAGAGGAUCGUUUUGGAUGCAUUAAGCCAGCCGUUGAUGUAGCGAAUCAAUUCAUAUUCAUUUAUCCUUUUUGGUCAUCAUUUUCAACGUUAUUUUUGAACUGCUACUAUCAUGAAACGUUUCAAUUUUUUUCUGAGAGAAGGCAAUUUCCUUCUAAAAUUAGAAGAUAUGGAGAUAAAGAACUUUUUUUAUCAAAUGAAUGAAACAGCAUUUGUCUUGUGUUCUACAUCAGUACCUAACUUUUUCCAUCCACUGUUUUCUGAUUGUUGCGGUUAAUUCAGUUCCUGUACUUACAUUUUCAGUCGCCUGCAAAACAACUCCGACCUUUUGAACGAUGUUUUUAAAAAGUGGAUUAUACGUAUUCCUUCUGGUGGGACAGCACAUGCGUCUAAAGACUCAAGGGAGGAGUUCAGUAUCCUGAUUGCUGUUAUGCUGGUGCUCUCUGGCGGCAUCGGGCUGGGAGCAUUCGUUGGCAUUAUAAUAGCCAAGAAAAAGAGAAAACGGUGAGCUUUUUAAAGUUGUAUGUGCAUGUUAGAAAGAUCUACUCGUGUGAUGUGAUCGCCCUGGUAAGGUUAGACCUGAAGAGAUUUGGUUGAACUUAUGCAUAGACGUUUUUUGAGCCACCUACCACAACUAGAAGUCGGGAGUUCUUUCCCUACCACUAAAACAUUAUUUUUCUUCGUGCACGCUACUUGCUUGGAAAUACUCGAACGAGGACAUACAAGUUGGUUAAUUUUUAAGCUUGCCUGUAUUUAUUCACCAUCUGAGGUUUUAACAAAUUGAGCGAAAGUUAUCAUCAACAUCAAGUUUUUCAUGCUUGUAAGUAGAACGAAACAUUAGGAGCACGGAGAUUCCAGUCUUUCCCUGUCCACAUAGACAUGAAUGUUCGAGUAAUCCUUGCUUUCACUAGACGAUUACUGAGAAGUUACGUCAACAGCGCCUUAGUAACCUAAGAGCCUUGGUUUUGGAUCAGAAAAAAUGGAAAUGAGAUUAAUUCAUUUUCAUUCUUGUUUACAUAUAAUUACAUGUGCGGGCAGCAUGACUUUUCUGAAUUGAUAUUGUAGUGCUACACUCGAUUUAGAAGCUUCUUGCUUCUCUUCAUUCCUCCUCUUAUCUCAUGUUGCAGGCAAAAGAGAGCCUACAAGACUACUGAUGAAUUACCAUAUCCUCUGACGAUGCCUUGGUAGUAAGUAUGACCAAUAGAGAAAGGAGUUAGGGAACUGGUAACUAGUCUUUUGGUAAAAUCCUUCCAGAUAUACCAAUUUUAUUGAGGUUAUACAUAGAUAGUCGCACGAACAAAAGCCUGUUUUCUGAAACUUUCUGUGAAAAGAUAAAUUUCGAUAAUAAUAGCGUAGUGACUAGUUUUUUCCAUGAAAGAGGUUUCCUUGAAUCAAAAGGAAAAGGUCAUUUCUUGAGCGGAUAUUUACUGAGCGGACAUCUAAGGAAAAGACAUCUCUAAACUAAAAAUAGCUUUUGUGGAAUCUCCAUGCGACCCCAUCAUCAUCCCCCGCUGUUCUCUCACUUUCUCUUAACAUAGCUAAAAGUAUUGUGCCUUUUUCUAAAAAUUAAUUUUAAUUCCAUUUCGGUUGUUAAUGUUUGUUUCGUAAAACUUAAGUCGACUUUUUGUAGUCGCUUAAAUUUAUUGUCAACUGGCUGUGAAAAAUCAAGGUUUCCACUCACAUCCAAAGAGGGGGGAGAGGACCCUUGUGGGCUUUCUCUGAGGUCAUCAUCUUUCGUAAUCCCUAUUGGUUGAUGCUGUAUUCUGUGACUCUCCUUUGCUGUGUUUCUUUUUAAUUCAGUUGCAUGGAUAUGCCCGGCAUAGAAGCAUUUACUGAGUCCGAAGCAGAUGGAACUCGACGAUCUUUGUAAAUAUACUUGCAUCAUUUUAGAAGAAAUAACUUUUUUUAAGCUUAUCGUUGAUUCCUCUGCACAAAACUUUAUUCUCCCUUCCGAUGUUAAUGUUUGAGUCAAUGUAACCUCUGAUCCCGAAAAUCAACGUAUCUAAAAAGCACUGUACCUGUAUGUUUACCCAGACUAUAGACAUGCCUUCAGUUUCCUCUAUUUAUAAUUUAAUCUUGAAAAUCAAAUCUUGAGGAAUUUCCUUUCGUGGAGUAUAUUCCCUCCAGAUUGUAACUGUAAUGUUUUCUUCAUAAACUAAUCGAACUACACGUAUGCGAUCGAAGCUCAAUCAUUUCUAAGCCGCUCUUCUUCCGUUAAAAACACCUCAGCCAUACUUCAAGUUUUCUCUUGUUUCAGUAGAGACAACACGAAGUAUACAGUUCAGAAAGUUCCAACAAACCAGGUAUGUUGUACAUAUUUAUUUUGAUUGAUCGAUAUAAAUACAAUGCAGAGUAUUUAACCUCGAUUCUAUCAGCGACAUGAACGCAAUAACAAUGACUUGAUGAGCAGAAUUACAUACACCCGUAUGGGUUUACUGUAGCAUACAGUGCACUUUUCCUCUAAGUGUCGAUUUUUCUAAAUGCAUUUUACGAAAAAGUAAGCCUUCUUUAAACCUCAGAUCUCAACAACUCUCUCUUAGAGUCCAAAAAAGCUUUGCUCGGUGCCACUAUGGAGUUCUUCGUGCUUCUGUGGCUCGCUCUCUGAUGUAACUUAAAGUUAGUCUUAAUGCCAAAUCUUUUUUUUUUCGAUUCUUAGGGCGAUUGCAAUCUUCUUCGUACACCAUUGUAAGUAUGUCUGCUGGAGUAAAAGCCACAAGUUUUCUAUGUUUUUAUCAUGUUUUCAUCUUCGGGCCAAUCCCAAAAUAAGCCUCAUGUUUGUUACUGUAUCUUUGAUUUUGUAGUGUUAUGCUGCGUGUUUGUGAUUAGUUUGUGAUGAAAUUGACAUUCAUUAAGUUUAACAUAGAAAGCAAGAUUCAUUUUGGUAGAACGAAAGGUUUCAACAAAUCCCGCCUUGUAGCUUUUGUUUAGGAAUGUUGACUGAACUUCAUCAUCAUAUCCUUUUCCUCCAUUCGGUUUUUUUCUUCCGCCUUUUAUGCGGUGAAGCGAAAUUGUUGUAACGAGGUUACUUGUGUCUGAUUCACCUCAAGAGUUUUUAAAGUAACCUUGGUCAUUUACUUGUUUACCAUAGGUUCGACAUAGGUGGGUACGUUUAAAUGGAGUACAACCUGUGUUUGCGUUUUUCAGACAACUUCCUCUUUCAUAUUUAAAAAUGAAGAUCAGAAUCCUUGCGCGUAGAACGAAAAUAAGGUUUUGCUGUUAUAUCAAGGAGAGUCAAAUUUUAUCAUAAAGCCAUAACAAUUCUCUUUACAUUGUCCACAGAUACGAGACUCUACACAAAAAUUGAAUAAAAAAAAUUAAACCAGACACAAUUUUUACACUUUGGAGGGAGACAGCCUUUUCUUAUUGAUCCUGUUGUUCUUUUUUUGAGUCUAUUGAGACUGUUGUGCCUGUGUUUAUGUCAUUAAAAAACCAUACUUCAAUUUGAGCCAGGUAUAAAUGUUUGCUAAAUAAGUAAUUUUUCUCUACCUUAAAACAUGAGAAUGACUGAAAUUCAUUUAGUCACUGAUAGGAAAUUUUGUCCCCAACAGAAGAUCAAGUGGCUCGUACAAAGUAAGAAACCAACAGAGGAAAAGACCUGAAGAGGUAACUCGACUAUAAAAAUUCAGUGUGCUUGUGGUCAUUUAGUUACUCCUUACAAUAAUCACAACAUUAUAAAUUUCCUGAGUAAGGAGAAAUAGGAGUCUUGAUUGUAUCUGUAAGACUGGUAGUACGGAACUUUGGCAGAAAACAAUUGAAACUAUGGCAAACGGCAAGAAGUACGCACUAAUUAUGCUCUUAAACUUCUACGAAGCAAACAACAAGAGGGUUUCUUCAUGCCUCAGUUACCCACUUUGAUAGCUAUUUACUAGUCACAAUUCGUUUUCCUCACGUCCAAUUUGGUUUUUUCUCGCAUCCAUCAUUAAAUUUUGGUUUUUUUUUCGUGGAGUUGCCGUAGUUUCAGAAUCUUUUAACAGUCACGAUUGCUUUUAGACGGACAGUGUUUUCAUACACCGCAUUUAAGUAUAUGCCUUCGUAUUUCACUGACGAAAAAGCAGUCAGUGGAUUUAUCCAUCACACCUCAAAGGUUCAAUAUCAGAAUUUUGUCAACGGCUGGAGCGUUAAAAAAUAAUACUAUGCUGACUGUCACAAAACAUCGAGACCGAUAAGCAGAGAGUUAUAAGACCCGGUUUUGCCAAUUGGCAUAAGUCCGAGUUCUGUUCAAUUUUUAAUCACUGCGCACCAACACACUAUUUCUGUCCUCAGCUUUCCAUCGUUUUUUCUUAAGUUCCCUUCUUUCUAAUUUGAUUUUAGAUGACAAAGGUCUAAGAUUUAUCAACAGAUUCCUAUGAUUUUGUAAUAAUUAUCAUUAUAUCAUUUUAGCAAAAAAGAGAAGCUGUUUCUUUAAAUUUUUAUGAAUCGACCCCUUAUCACCGCCCGGGCAGCAGCAGUGAAAUCGAUGGAAACCAUAAUGUAGAAGACAAUCUUGCAACAGACACCUCAACGAUUGCAGGAAAUACUGCAAGCCAUGAUAAUGAAGGAUUUGACCGCAGUCGGAGCCAUGAAAGGAGCGAAGAGAAGCCUAUGGAACGUCAGGGGGUUUGCAAAUUGGGCGAGAAUACGCCUUGUAACACAAGAGCACCGAACACAGUUCGCAGAGUGAGGUUUGAUUUGCGCGGGACAAAAGACAGGCAAGGAGAAAAACGAACAGUCAGGGAAAAUUUUCCGGAUAUUGUUGUGAUCAGUGAAAAAGCAGAAGGGAACUGUCAGCUUGAUGAACAUGAGAGGAAAAGAGUAUGUGACAACGAGGAAGCUAGCGCGGAAGAAGACGGCAAAGGAAAAGAGCCGGCUGGUGUUAGUUCUAUAUUCAAAGACACAAGGAGAUCAGCCUCAGUGGCCGCCAUAAGCGAUGAGGAAGGAACAGUAGUGGAAAUUUAAUAAAAAUUUUUCACUCCUCUGUAAGAUUAGGCUGAAGAUACUGUCUGCAAAAAGACUUCUAUGUCAUCUUUCAUUUGGUCCUUUGAUUUCCUUUAAAUUGAUGUGCUAGAAUGUUUUUCGCGUUUUUGGGGAAUUAAUUUUUUUCUUCACAUUGUACAUAGCUUCAAUGUAAGUCAGCAUUCAGGCAACUAUGUACAGACCUUAUG